AUUCAUACACUGGUCAGUGCAUCUGUCACUAGCACUAAGACUAAAGACUCAAGAGUAAAGAUUUAGAUCUAGUCUAGUCUAUAUUAUUAGAACGAAAUGCAAAUGGCAUCUGCUACGCAGUGGGAAGUUGUGGGCAAGUCAAAAGUGAAAAAGACCAAAUCAAACCUUCAAACUGUGUCAAAGUCGCAGAAAAAGCAAUUUCUGGAAAAAAUGCCCAGAAUAGAGUCUUUAGCUCCAGUUAAAGAAGACAAAACAAUUUACUCAGCAUUUCUAGAGAAAGAACAACAGGCUGAAAAAAACAAGGAUGCUAAAGCUGUCAAUGGCCCAAACAAAAAGCCUGUUAUUCAGAAAAAAAAGAAGCCUGAACAGGACUCAAAAAAAAUGGAUAAGAUUGUUUCUGUUGAUGCUGCCAUCUCUCAAAUUGAUCCCCAAGAACUGGAGAGCACUCUGAGUCUAUCCAAGGAUAGGUUUCCAGAGAAUCAAGAUGUUUGGCUGAAAGAUCUGGCAUCUUUCUUGAAUCUCAAGUUUGAAAAUGUUAAAGAGUCGGAGAGUUCUUUGAACUUAAAGGGAAAACCUCAAGGUUACCCUCUGGAGUAUCUCCCUACCAAUAGCCAGAAAGUUUUAAAAGCUGUUGUAAAAAAGUUCUCUAAUCAAACUUUGGAUAGCCUAUUUGACUACUGUAUUCAAAUGAUGCUAACAGAGUCUACGAAAGAUAGACCAACAAUGGGCUACAGGAUUUUCCUGCAAGUUUUAGCACAUCACAAACCUGAAAUAGUUUUGGGAAAACUCCAUCAAUACUUAGAACUGUUAAAGACACAUCAGAACAGACCUUCUCAUUGUGUGUCUAUCUUAUGGGCUGUUGGUCAGUGUGGAGUCAAAAAUUUCAGCUACGGAAUGAAAGUUUGGCUUGAUCUGAUGCUGCCUGCCCUUGAGAUUCGUCAAGUUGCUUACUAUCCCAUAGAGUAUUUGGAAUAUCUGUUAGGAACUCAGAAGCAACCAUCCUCUGCUACUUGUGUAGUUGCAUUGAGAGACUACUUCAAAGUUCUGGAUAUUGUAUUUAAUCCAGGAUUUAAUCUGGCCAAUGAUCUUAAAAAAAGGUUGCUGGCUCUGUAUCCAUCUAUUAAGGAACUGGCUUUUGGUGAAACAGCUGCUCAGACACUAAGGACAUUUUUCCCGUCUUAUCUUGCACGGUUCAACCCGUCACUUAAUCCAGCUUUAAAACUUGAGCUUUUAGAAUGUAUGGUUAAGUGUCUGACAACUGACAAGCAAUCAUUCAGUGUGUGGUGUCAGCUGUAUUUGAAGCAUCUCACAGCAUCUGGCUUCCUUCUGGAAUACAUCAACCAUGAAUGGAGCAGGCUGUCCUCCCUCUUUGACAAGAAAUUGCUAAGGGAAACGCAAAGAGCUUUUUCUUUGACCAAUGAUGAGAUAGAAGCUCAAGGGAAAGGGGACAAAGGGUUUCCUCUGUGCCAAGCUGCUACAAAGGAACUAGCCAUGAAGAUUAACCACAGUAGCUUCCCUUGGUUCUUUUUAAUUUUCUUGUUGAUUUCCUUGGUGGGUUCAAUUGUAGCUUAUGACAUUUGGUCAAGCCCAAGCAUAUAUGCUUCAAGAACAAUGCGUUUUCUGGAGCACUAUGGCAUCCUGAUGGUUCUUGAACAAGCUUGGAGUCGUAUCAACACAUUUGUGUCUAUUCUCACAGAAUGGCUUAAGUUGAACUGCCCAGUUUACUAUGCUUACAUCUGUGAGACUGUUGGACCAUUUGUACUUUACAUUUGGGCUUCCAUUAAAGACUUUUUGAUAACUUCUGAAGUUGUUACUCGUCCACAUAGAAUCUGGAUGGGAGAAAAGGCAUUACAUUUAUACCAAUGGGUUUAUGAUUUGUCACCUGAAACAUGGACAUGGUGUUACCAGAUGUCAUUGGUGGCAUGGGAGAUGUUAAAAAAUUAUACACUUUGGCUUUGGAAACAUUCUACGCAUUUGUUUUUAGAUGUCUAUCAUUGGGUGGAACACCAUCUUUUGAUGGGUUCAUUAUCUAAAGAUUCACUGCAAGCUACAGCUAAUUGGAGUCUGCAUCAAGUACAAACCUAUAUGGAAAUGUUCUGGUCCUGGUGCAAUGCAAAUAUUUGGACUCUGGUCAAGUGAUAGUCACGUUCGUCUGUCAACUAGUCUGUUGUAGGUUUAUUUGUUCAUUGCACUACUUAAUAUUCAUCAGCAAGAUCUGACUAGCUUCAAGUACUCAGGUCUUGUUUCCACUGAAACAAUUUAUAUAUCUACUAGAAAUGCAAAUGAUAAAAAAAAAUCUAGUUUACCUACUUCUUUGAACACAUUUCUUUCUUUGAAAAGCUAACAAUGUAAGUACCGGUAUUUUGACCUUCUCUUAACUUGCACAAUCAAUUGUAUUAUAUAUAUACAAUAUGAAUUGUAUCUCUUCAUAGUCAUUUAAUGAUAAAAUGUCUCAAUUCCAUGCACCACAGAGAUUUUUUUUCUUUCCAAUUAUUUUGUGUUACUUAUUGCAUAACAUGCAUUUAUAAAUACAUUUAUACUGCUUAGAUUUGAAAUUUUUUCUCUUCCAUGAGUGUUUAACUUGUUAAGUCUAAAAUGUGUUUUUAAAUUAGGCUUUGAUUUCAAUAAGAUUUUUAUUUUUAAUGUAACUUAAUAAAAAUAAACAUUAGUUUAAUAUUUUUA